AUGGCGAGGGCAAAGAAGCAGAUGAGAAAAGGGACGCGCAGCUGCGUGGCUUGUCGACGUCGCAAAGUCCGCUGCUCGUAUGCUUCGUCCGAGGCUAGCGUGUGUGUGCAUUGUGCUAGGCGAAAAUCCGUAUGUGUUCCACAGGGCGAUGUUCAGGUUGAAUGCGAGUAUAAGGACUCCCAGGAUCCUGAGGUUCGACCUGUUGGGGUGCUGUCUGAUGACGGCGUUUCGUUCUUUGAUGCCCUUGAUGGACUGCGACGGCGGGUUGCUGUGUCGUUGGGGAGCCCUCGGUCCUCGUCGAGGGAUGGCCAGUCUAACGGUUGCACUUGGUCCUGA